AUGAUUGCUCAAACCAUCUUCGCUACCGCUCUCGCCGCCACUGUCUCGGCCGGAUGGACCUCUAAGACUGGCUCAUGUAACACAGGCACCCUCUCAUGCUGUAACACCAACAAGAAGGUGCAGAAGUCCACCGGUGAAGAGAGCGGUCUCCUUCACACUGGCGACGUCCUCGACCAAGUUGCCAUCCAAUGUACUCAGAUCCCAGCUCUCAUUGGCGUUGCUAUAGAAGAUGAAUGUAAGAACACUCCAACCUGUUGUGAGGACGUUGAGGACGAUGGUCUCGUCGGUAUCAACUGCACCCCUAUCUCCCUCAUCUAA